AUGGCCAUAGGAGUGUAUAUCUCAAAGGUUCUGGCCAUAGCCACAGUGGUAAUGACCGUCUCAUCUAUUGGAGGAAUAAUUACAAUGAUGAUUGUGUAUGAGACCGAAAGAAUCAAGAUAAAUCCUACACCACCACCAACACCUAAAGCCACUAUUCUGUAUCCAACUGGACCACCACCCAACCUGAGACUCCCUGGAAACCUCAUUCCAGAGAGAUAUGAAAUCGUCCUACAGCCUCGCCUCUACACUGUUAUAACCAACGCUACCAACCAAUCUCUCAUCUUCACUGGAAACUCCACUGUGUAUUUUAGAUGUGUGGAGAAAACCAAAACUAUCUUCCUUCACAGUAAACAGAAUGUGACUGAUGUAACAGUGAAAGAUCUUGACAAUAAAAAGACCAUCAACGUUAAGAACACCAUACUGUAUAAUAAUGAAAGCAACUUCUUAGAGAUUCGACUGGAAGGUGUUUUAGAGGAAGAUGGGAACUACAGUCUCUUUACUGCAUUUGAGGGAGAGCUCCUUGAUGAUCUGGCUGGUUUUUACAUGAGUUCAUACAAAAAAGAACCAAGCACAAAGGAUGACACUAAAACGUGGUUCGGGAAUGAAACAAUUAUCGUCGAGCUUGACGAAAGAUUCAUUGCUACUAGCCAAAUGCAGCCAACAGAUGCCAGGAAAGUAUUUCCUUGUUUCGAUGAGCCAGCCAUGAAGGCUGAAUUUAAAGUCACUAUCAUCCAUAGGUUUGGCACGCACGCACUAGCAAAUGGGAAACCCAUAGAUAGAACCCUUGUGGAUAUCGAUGGAGAGACCUGGGAAGUCACUGGCUUUCAAACAACUAAGAAAAUGUCAACAUACCUCUUAGCUUUCACAGUGUCUGAUUUUGAUUUCAUAGGUUCUAAACAUGAACGAGUUGACAUUAAGACAUAUGCUCGACCGGAGGCCAUAAAAGCUGGACAUGCAAAAUAUGCUGCAGAUAUCACUGGAAAUAUACUGGCGUUCUAUGAGAGUAAAGAAGUAUUUGGCAUGAUUUAUCCUUUGAGCAAGCUAGAUCAGAUUGCUCUACCAGACUUCAGUGCAGAUGCCAUGGAGAAUUGGGGCUUGGUAACAUAUCGUGAGACAGCUCUGCUAUAUGAGGAAGGGGUGUCUUCCACAUCAAACAAAGAGUGGAUUGCCACAGUUAUUGCACAUGAGCUUGCCCAUCAGUGGUUUGGAAACCUGGUGACAAUGAAAUGGUGGAAUGACCUGUGGCUGAAUGAGGGAUUUGCAACAUAUAUAUCCUAUAUGGGAGUGGAUCACAUUGAGCCAAAAUGGAACAUAAAAGAUCUGAUUGUUCUAAAUGACAUCCAGACUGUAUUUCAAGUGGAUUCGUUGGCCUCAUCCCAUCCUCUAAGCUCUAGUGAGGACGAUGUUCAAACUCCUAGUGACAUCACUGAGCUUUUUGAUUCCAUCACCUACAGCAAGGUCCGAGCCCAAUGGGGGAAGAGAGACAAUAUCAAAAAAUUAUUUUUUAACAUUGGGGCAGCUGUGCUGAGAAUGCUUUCAGAUUAUCUGAAGGAUAAGGUGUUUAUGGAUGGUCUGAAAAAAUACCUUCAGGCUUUCCAGUAUAGUAAUGCUGUACACAAGGACCUGUGGGAAUAUUUACAAGAGGCGGUGGACAACGACGGCAGCCACAUUAAAGUUGCUGAAGUCAUGGCAACUUGGACAAUGCAAAUGGGCUACCCAGUCAUCACCAUCAACACCACCACUGGGGACGUUUCUCAAGAUCAUUUCCUCCUAAUUCAACCAUCUGACUACAAUUAUACAUGGCAUGUCCCAAUCAAAGUGAUGAAGGAAGGUUUAGCUCCCACAGCACUAGCUACACAAGUACUGGCUGUUCCUAAAGAGCGGAAGUCAGCAUUCAAGUCUGAAGAUGGCAAGUGGGUGCUUGCCAACAUAAACUGUAUGGGAUAUUUCAGAGUCAACUACGAUCCAGCAAAUUGGGAUAGACUGCUCUCUCAGCUGGAAACGAAUAUUCAUGAAAUUCCACUCAUCAACCGGGGACAGCUUAUUGAUGAUGCAUUCAACCUGGCAAGGGCCAAUCAUAUUAAUGUGACACUGGCUCUGAGAACUACCAAGUACCUCCGGAAUGACACAGAGUACAUACCAUGGGAAUCAGCACUGAGAAACCUGGACUAUUUCAUUCUCAUGUUUGAUCGCUCCGAGGUCUAUGGCCCAAUGCAGGCAUACAUGCGAAAGCAAGUUGGUGGCCUUUAUCAACAUUUUGAAAAUGUCACUACAGUCCCCGAGGAUCAUUCUGAACAGUACAACCAGAUUAAUGCCAUCUCAGUCGCAUGCAGCAAUGACAUUGAAGACUGCCAAAAAAUGACAAAAAAGCUCUUUGACAACUGGAUGACAAACAAAACCAGCAAUCCCAUACAACCCAACCUGAAGGCUACCAUCUACUGCCAAGCUAUAGCUGCUGGGGGAGAGAAGGAAUGGGAAUUCGCUUGGGGCAAGUUCCAGAAUGCCACCACAGCAUCAGAGAAAGACAAAUUAAGAUUUUCCCUCUCAUGCACCAGGAAGAUCUGGCUCCUGAACAGAUACCUUGAGUACACUUUGAACCCUGACAAGAUAAGAAAAAUGGAUGCCGUUUCUACCAUCAACUACAUAGCCAGGAAUGUGGCAGGGCAAGCAAUAGCCUGGAAUUUUGUACGCGCCCACUGGAACUACAUCAGCUUGGAGUACGGAGGAGGGAUCAUGUCAUUUGGCCGCCUGAUUGAGGGAGUGACGCAGAGAUUUUCCACAGACUUUGAGCUCCAAGAGCUGAGGCAGUUCCAGAGCGACUAUAAUGAAGAGGAAUUGGGUUCUGCGAGCAGGGCCCUAGAGCAAGCCAUUGAGAGAACCCAGGCCAACAUUAAAUGGGUGAAGGAAAACAAGCAGACUGUUCUGGAGUGGUUUAGAAAAGAAUCAAGUGAGAGCAGCUGAACUGAGCUGAUGGGAUGAAAAACAGAUUUGAUUUCAUUCUAAUUACAUACGAAAACAGGUUCCAUAUAAUCAACAUGCAAUAUUAUUCUAAAAUAAAUAUGUAUAUUUCAAUGUUUGAAAGGAAUUACGUCACUUUUAAUUCAACAGGAAAUUCUGUUUUAUUUCAACAAGUAACAAAUCCACCAUUUAUUUUUGAGACUUGCCAAUAUUGUUUACACUGACAAAGUCAAAUCCAAAGAAAGUACUUUCUCAGGUUCAUUGACAACUACAAUUAUUCUGUUAAGACUAUCAAACAACACGCAACUAUAGCAAUAAUAUGUCUUUAUGUAUUUGUAAAAGUAUUAUGUACCAAAGUAUUGCAUAUUGUAUCUUGCCAUUUUCCUUUUUUAAAUCAAUGUAAAUGUUUGUGCUAUCAUGUCAGGAGGCGUGAGGAAUAUUCAACAAUAAAUAUAUACAUAAUUGUAUCUAAGUGUAUUAUUUGUUAGUAAAGGGCUCAGAAAAACUGAGAGACAUUUAUUUUAUUUGUUACAUGUACACAAGUAAU